CUCAGUCCCGUGCAGAUAUCACGUUCUGCCAGACUCCUGAGCCCGGGUCCGGCCAUGGGUACCUCCAGUGUCUUCUUCAGCGUCCUGUUCCUCUAUGGGGCACUGGGUCUCACCACUCUCCCGCCCCAAGAACAGGGACGGCUCAAGUGCUACACCUGCAGCUUCGCCAAGCCCUGCUACCCUGUUCCCACCGAGUGUAAGAAUGAUGAGGUCUGUGGCAUCAGUGUGGGCACCUCAGACCAGAAUGAGAUCAUCCAGCGGAAGGGCUGCCUCCCAAGGGCCCAGUGCCCUCUGCAGGGCCAUGCCACCUACUGGUUACGUUCCUAUGCGCUGAGGCACACGUGCUGUGAGCAGGACUUGUGCAACACGGCUGCUUUGCAGGGCCCCCCCUGCCUCCUCCUCACCGCCCCACUCUUGCUUGCUGCUGGCCUCUCCUGGGGAGGGUGCCUCCUCUACUAGACAGGCAUGGGCUGACAGCCCUCAGCUUAGGACUCCGGAGUCACCGCUGCCCCGGAAAUACCUCCAUCCAUGUGUUCAGACAUGCCCCCAAACCUGACUUUGCAAAAAGCCCUCCACCGACCCCAUCCAAGACCCAAUCCUGUAGGCAUGUCCCAGCCCCUGCAGACACACCAGGUCCAGCCCCAUAAGGAAUAUGUGUCUUUUUAUUGCCCCCCUCCAUGUCCCUGGUCCCUAGCAAGGCAGCUAUUUUGAAGGAACUGUGGGUCCCAGGCAAGGUUACUGAAGGGACACCAGGUCUGGUGAGGGGGAGAGUCUUGAUAGGGAAGACAUGAUUUGGUGGGUGGUAGACUCAGGA